GGCUAGAACCAUCCAUUCAUCAGCGUCUGCACUCACAUGCUUAGCUUUGUAGCGAGAGUAAGGCUCCGGCAUAUGAUCUCUGUUUGUGGAGUGUUACUCUCCAUGUCCCUCUUCAAUCUAAACCCAUGCUUCAUUGUGGUCGGGUGCAGGUUUCGUGGAAUGUUCUCAAUGCUAUCUCUUCUCCUUCAAAGACAUGGCAAGACUAGCCUUUUCCGUACUGGUUCUCUUCUGCGCCCUAUACAUGACUGGCAUAGCUGCAUCUGCUUCUCCCAGAAAUUCAAGCCCAGCAGACUACAUCGUGGCAUCAUGCAAAGCCACAAGGUAUCCUGCGUUAUGCGCUCAAUGCCUGUCAGGUUAUGCUAGUAAGAUUCGACAAAAUGAGCAACACCUCGCUCAAACUGCCUUAUCAGUCAGCCUAUCCAAGGCUCAAUCAGCUGCGGCUUUUGUUACCAAGAUGACUCAAGUCAGGGGCAUCAAGCCUAGGGAGCGUCAAGCUGUGAAAGACUGUAUUGAAAACAUGGGCGACAGUGUAGAACGACUUAGCCAGUCAGUCAAGGAACUCAGCCAUGUGGGACGAGCUGUGGGUCGGGCCUUCAUGUGGCACAUGAGCAACGUGCAGACAUGGGUCAGUGCUGCACUAACAGAUGAGAAUACUUGCCUUGAUGGCUUUGCAGGCCGUGUCAUGGAUGGAAACAUCAAGACUACAAUAAGGCGCAGGGUCGUCAAUGUUGCUCAAGUUACUAGCAAUGCACUUGCAUUAGUAAAUCACUUAGCAGCAAGACACGGAGCUGCUGCACCUGCUGGGGAGCAUUAGGUUCCCUCUGGAGGACCUCUGGUUAGUGUAUAAAAAUGUUGUUGGCGUCUGUAAGUAAGGUUUGUGCCUGUCUGGAUCUUGUCUAAAAGGGUCUCAGCCUGCUUGGAUUGUAUGAAACCAUAUCAUUUACAUAUCAACUUCAAGUCCAUGCUAAAACACUCCUGUUGCCUUGUAUGAUAGUAAAGUUCUGUUUUCUGUAUAAUGGAAUUAAGCGUAAAUGAAGUAUUUUUUCCUUUUUUAUAUUUUGGUUGAA